ACCUUCGAGAGACUCACAUGGGUUUGUUUUGAGUGGUGUCUGUUUGACAGUUGCUCUGUUUUAUCGCUUCUUCAGAUUUAAAAACGCCGACAUUAGCGGAAAUAUGUUGCCCGCAGAUGGUCUCGUGUGUUUCCCCGGUCAGACGUGGGAGAAGGUGCUGUCAAAGGUAAAAAAGGCUGUUGUUUUCAUGGAUGACCGGUGCUCGGAGAGUCUCCACUGGAACGGAGGAGCUGCGCUACUAUUCGAGGCUGGAGCUCGAAACAUCAAGCAGUUCUCGAGCUUUGAAGCGGGUGCACAGAAUGAACCCAAAGCUGUGUUUGUGGUCAGCACUGUGUUAAAAGGUAGAACCGCAGACAUUAUAAAGGACAUCAUUUCCCUCAGCCACUUCCAGUACUGUGUGGUUUUCACGACUGUUCCUCACUCCAUUCACCUGCUUGCUAAUAAUGUGAACGCUGAUCUGGAGGGGAACCCGGUGUUUGAGCAGUUCGAGGAGAAACUAUGUGAAUGGAUGGGUGAUAUGAACUACACUGCUGAGGUCAUGCACGCUCCCGUGGUCUUCGCCCCUUUGACAGAACACCUCCAUCUUUUACCUGCUUUCUCUAAUCUCUUUCCUUUAUUGGACGUUGAUCUUGAGUCCAUCAAUGAGAAGAGGCCGGAGAAGAAGAGAUUUGGGAGUCUGAUGGACAUGGAUGUGCAUUCUCUGCCACCUGAGCUGCAGAUUCAGAUUAAAACUCUUGCAUUGACCCUCAAUGGCCUGUUUGAGUUCAUCAGUACCCGUGAGGAGAGCUUUUCGGUGGGUCCGAUGAGCCGUCUGAUCGCAACCGAGCUGGCCAAUCUUCCACAAGCCAAAAACAGGAGGAAGACGGCCCCUAAUAAAGCAUCAGUAGUGUUUGUGGACAGAACUCUUGAUCUUACAGGAGCUGUUGGCCACCAUGGGGACAAUCUUGCUGAAAAAAUUCUAUCAGUUUUGCCACAGUUGCCUGGUCAUGUGACAGAUGUUCAGGUGGACAUGCUGGAGCUCACACAUCUGAAACCGACAACUGAUACGAAGGGCAUCUUGGCACCAGGCUGCUUGGCACAGAAUCAAUCAGCCACUGCGAAGUUGCUAUGGGAGACAAUGCUGGUUGCUAAGCAAAAGGAGGCUGUGAUAGAAGUGAGGAGGCAACUGGUGGAAGCAGCCAGCAAAGAGAACCUGCCAAUCAAAAUGAGUCUGGGCCGAGUUACAGCUGAACAGCUCUGUUCAUAUGUGCAGUUGUUUCGAGACAGUUGGGGGGCUCUGGAAAGUCACAGUGGGGUCCUACAGCUGGGACUGGCUGCUGCUCAAGCGCUCCGUCAUCCUGCUCUCCAGCGCUGGGAUGCCUGCCUUGCUUUUGAGAGACUUCUCCUGCAGGCCUUAGGAGACUCAGACCUGGCAGGGGUUCUGAAACAACUUCUUCCCCUCAUAAAGUCAAGUGAGUCUGGAACGGGUUCUGACCUGAGCAUGGAUGAUCUUCUGGUGCUGCUGGUUUAUGUGUACUCUGUGGCCAAAGAAGCCUGUACGGGUGGUUCUGAGGAGGAAAAGCAGGUGGAGAAGGUGGAGCAGGAGCUGAUUGGUGCAUUAACACUUCGACUUACCCGUGAAACCACAUUAAGCCCUCUGGUGCAGGAGGUCACAGGAGUGUCGUGUCCUGAGGAGCUGACGAUGGAGUGUGCUCACUCUGUCCUGGAGAGCAUGUUUGGGACUUUGAGGGGAGUCGCUCGUGCCCGAGACCACCUGAAGAACUUCAGCUCUGUGUUUACUCCGGGUGAUGGAGCCCACCAGG